AUGACAAACAAGCGGUGUGAAGUCCUCCUGGGUAGUGGAAACUACUUCCACUGGGAGUAUAACAUGCGCAUGACGUUGGCGCGCAAGGGGCUGCUGGUGCACGUUCAAGUCAUCAAGAAAGAAGAAGAGAUGACGGAUGCCUGGCUGUUCAACGACGCUAAGGCACUGGGUAUCAUCGCUCAAGGCAUAGAGCUACAGCACCAGACCAAGAUACGAUCGGCGACGACAGCUAUGCACGCGUGGGUCAUCUUGCGGGACUUCUACAACCGCACCACGCUCCACAAUCGUGUCGAGAUGACACGUCGUCUGCAUGAGUUCAAGAUGGAGAAUGGUUCGACCAUGUCGAAGCACUUGGAUGCUUUUGACGAGCUUGUUGUCGGCCUCCAGACACUUGGAGAGCCAGUCGAUGACUCUCGGCAGCUAGUGGUGCUGCUUAGUAGUCUUCCGACGGACUAUGAGCUCAUCUCGUCAAUUGUGGAGAAUUCCAAGGACAUUACGCUCAUCGAGGUCAAGGAAAAGCUGCUCAAGGAGCAUGAACGAUUGCAGAGGAAGGAGACUACGGAGAAGGCGUUUCCUGUAAGCAGCAACGAUAGACGGUUCAAGGGAGGCCAAGGUAACUGCCGCAAGGGAAACUAUCUACGGAAAACCAACACCGGAAUUAAAGGCAAGUGCUUUAAGUGUGGUCAAGUCGGACACUAUAAGCGGGACUGCCUGAAGCGUAGCAAUGGCGAGGAAGAAGGUGCUGUGUUUGCUGCUGGUGUGUUGCAAUGCGAAGAAUGGCUUAUCGACAGCGGGGCUACGUCGCACAUGACACCACAUCGGAGCGAUCUAUUUGAGUACAAGGAGUUGAAGACUGGUCAACAAGUCUCUAUCGCUGAUGGCAAGAAGCUGCAGGUAGCUGGAGUGGGAACAUUCAAGCUGAAAGGUCUAGACGGUCGACGGAUCAUGAUGGUCGAUGUCAUGCACAUACCAGGACUUGACAAACGAUUGCUGUCCGUUGGCAAACUGGCAGGACGAGGCAUGAGGGCGGAGUUUCAAAGCUCGUCCUGCAUCAUUUGGAGUGCCAAGCGCGCGAUUGCAAGCGGCAAGAAGAUUGGCAAGGCGUACUUCCUGGAUUGCGAACAAGAAGAAGCCCGGCUUGUAGAAUACGCAGGGGCUAAAAGUGAGUGGGAGCUUUGGCACGCUCGCUUGGGACACCCCGGAAGAUCUGGUAUGGACAAGACACAGCGCGCUACGAGUGGUAUGCCGGCGGUAAAGCAGGGCAUCGAGAAGCUGUGCAGUGGAUGCAUGAAGGGCAAGCUGACGAUCGAUACAUUCCCGUCUCAAUCGCUAACAAGGACGUCACGUGUGUUGGAACUAGUACACACGGACGUGAUGGGACCGAUGAAGACGGUCUCAAAGGGUGGUGCACGAUUCGUAUUGACAUUCGUAGACGACUACUCAAGAUUUGUGGCAGCGUACUUCAUGAAGCACAAGAGCGAGGUGGCCGCAAGGCUUAGCGAGCUUAAGGCUUUCUAUGAGAAUCAAUGGGGCAAGCACUUGAAGUGUAUACGGUUGGAUAACGGGACGGAGUUUGUCAACAAGAAGAUUGCCCAUAUAUGCGCCCGUAAUGGUAUCAUGCACCAGCGGACAGUACCAUAUAGUCCGCAACAGAACGGCGUUGCGGAACGCAUGAAUCGCACUAUCAUGGAGAAGGCAAGGAGCAUGCUGUACUACAAGGGUAUCGACAUGCAGUGGUGGGCAGAGGCGGUCAGUACGGCUGUGUACUUGAUCAACAGAUCCACAAACUCUGCAAAUUCGGACGUAACACCGUUCGAGGUUGGUUUCAAGAUGAAGCCGAGUAUUGAGCAUUUGUGUGUGUUUGGAUCUCAAGGGUAUGCUCACAUUGACGACGCCAAGAGGACGAAGCUCGAACCAAAGAGUUACCGGUGUAUGUUCCUCGGAUAUGCGGAGAACACCAAGGGAUACAGGGUGUUCAAUCUGGAAAGGUCGAAGGUUGUCAUAUCGCGCUCCGUAAAGCUGGACGAGCGGGAAGUUGAAGGCAUAUACGACACGGUGGUACCAGAUAAAGUACCAGUCGUCAAGUAUAUUAGGGACACUGAUGAAGCAGUGAUUCCGGUGGUUCGUCGGUAUGAUGGAGACGAGACGAUGGAAGAUGUCGAAGAAAGCGCUCCUGAUGUCGAGAUGGACGAGAUAGAAUCGGCUCCAUUCGAAACAGGUAUCAUCAUACCUCAAGUACUCGAUCCAGAAACUCAAGAACCAAGAGGCGAUGAGAUAACGGGAUAUCAAGCUCCGAGACAAGCUUUUCAGGAGGACAGGUUGGUAUUUCAGCCGGAGAUAAAUCGGACAAGACGCUCACGAGACAGAAUGCUGCUGCUUGAGAAUGGGAAUAGCAGUGAAGACACGUCAGAAGGUAGCGAUGGACCACCUUCUCCAAAGCGUGCAAGAAUUGAUGACGAAGGUCUCAUUGCAGAGGCUGUAUUAGCCUAUGCUGCAAGCGUUGGCGAGGCGGACGACGCUCCAUCAACAUACAGCCAAGCGUUAAAAGGCGAAGACAACAGCAAGUGGAUUCAAGCGAUGCAAGCGGAGCUCAAGGCGCACGCCGAUAACGGGUCCUGGACACUGGUACCAAAACGGCAAGACAUUCGACCAAUCGGGUGCAGAUGGAUAUUCGCUAAGAAGCGAAACGAACACGGACAAGUGGUGCGCUACAAAGCUUGA